AUGGGAUUGAUCGCUGAGAUGAUGCAGUGGGUGACAAAAAAUAAGCUUUCCAUGGCUGAAGCGCGCGGUUAUAGAGUGCCUCAACUUCGGAUCGAAAGUAGGAGGACAGGAGGACAAUUGAUAAGGAGUUUGAAGAACCACCACCACUUCGUCAACGUGUCGGGGAUCCCUGUGGUGUUAACAGUCGUGCACACGACCAAGACUAAGCGAGAGAGCCAAGGCGACGAUCGACUGACGUUUGAGAUUCAGGGUGAACACCGCUUUUGUCUUCUAGAUCUGACCCAAGGGUUUUUGCUCUUGCUCAAAGUCGAGGAAGAGACAACUAAAUUUGCAGAAGUAUGUACACCAAAAAACAAAGCCCAAUGUCCAUGCUGGGUGUAUCAUACUAUACCUACAUACGCGUGUCGAAAAGAGUUGAGAUCGUAA